AGGGUAUAAAAUAAACACCGGGAAAGUUCAACACCAGUGGACUUUGGAUUGACGAAAACUGUUGGUUUUGGGGAGAUAAUCACCUCAGAUCUUUAUCGAAAGCAAUAAUGAGUCUCCUGUCGAACCAUUUACGGGCGUUUCUAGGUUCCACAUUUGUGAGAAAAGUCACUGCAGGCGGUCACAAUCGGCAGCAUAGUUUAGUCAGAAGCAUGGCGAGUGCUGUUGCUUGCAAAAGAUUGGUUGGAAAAGUUGCCGUUGUAACGGCAUCUUCCGAGGGAAUUGGCUUUGCAAUUGCCAAAAGACUCGGCAAUGAAGGUGCUCAUGUGGUGAUUAGCAGUCGUAAGCAGGCCAAUGUCGACAAAGCCCUCAAGGAGUUACGAGAUGCUAACCUGAGCGUGAGUGGUAUGGUGUGCCACGUGGGAAAAGCUGAACAUCGCACAAAACUCAUCAGUGAGACUGUAGCUAAGCACGGAGGUAUAGAUAUCCUGGUGUCAAACGCUGCAGUGAAUCCUGCCAUGGGACCGUUUCUUGAGACGACAGAAGACCAGUGGGAUAAGAUUUUCGAUGUCAAUGUUAAAGCCACGUUCCUUCUCAUAAAGGAGUGUGUUCCGCAUAUGAAGACCAGAAAAGGUGCUUCUAUUGUUAUUGUGUCAUCCAUUAGUGGAUUCAGUCCCUUUAAUGUGUUGGGGGCUUACUCUGUCUCCAAGACUACCCUCCUAGGAUUGACCAAGACGUUGGCUGCUGAGUGUGGCCCAAUGGGAGUCAGAGUCAACUGCAUCGCUCCCGGCAUCAUCAAGACAAAAUUCAGUGAAGCUUUGUGGGGUGAAGAGACUUUCUUAAAGCAAUCCUUGAUGACUGCUUCAAUCAAACGGGCUGGGGAGCCGGAGGAAUGUGCGGGAACCGUGGCGUUCCUUUGCUCCGACGAUGCUUCUUACAUCAAUGGAGAAAACAUCCUCAUCACCGGAGGCAUGCAGUCACGACUGUAGUCAGGCUCCUGGUAAACCAUCCAGGGGUUUACCAUAAAGCCAAACGUGAGGUAUGACCUGGCUGUGAUUUUUCUUUCUGCACCCAUGUUCAGGCAACGAUAGUUCCACUAUGCCAAACAGACUGCUGUGAAUCUUGAACCCAGGACAAAAAUAAUGAAAGAUCAGCCAAAUACAGGAUCAAAUGAAGAUGACAUUUGUAAAUUUUAUAUAUUUUUUAUUAUAUCUAAUGUAAAGGAGAAAUUGUAAAAUCUGAAUUUUUUUUUAUGGAAUGUAAAAUUGUCACAAUAUAUUAUUAAGGUAAGACAAUUUGUUUUCCUGAAUUGUUUAGCAUUGAAGUAUGUUCUUUUAGACACUUCGUCUUGUUGAUUAGGAUAAAUGCUGUCAUUAAUACAAAAAAAAAACUUCGACAAUAAAUGUCAUGUAAGUGUUGAUAAAAUAUGACACUUUAAAGUUUUCAACUCAAGUCUUUCUUUGUAUAAGCAGAAACUAUUUUGAAAUACGUCAGCUUACAAAUACUUCCCAACUGCUGCAAGUCUUUGUUUAAUUAAUUAUUGGUUAAUCACUUUUUUCCUCACACAUUUUCUGAUUCUGUAAUAUAUAGUAUUUUAGUUGGGAAGCAAAGUAAUAAAAAGCCUGUGUUUUGAUCUUAAUACAAUUCUGAGCAUCAUAAGUGUUCAACAAGCCUUGAUUUUCUAAGAGAAAAUUCCUUUGAGAAAUAAACAAGGAGUACAGUGGAAUAGUUUCAUUUAAAUGGUAAUAUAUAAUAUUUAUGUCUAUUUGCAACUCCAGUCAGAUUUUCAAAGAGAAACUGGUUCUUCUCAGAACCACACAACUCGCUAAGAGAUGUCAAUCACACGAUGUUACCGCAAACCUCCCAUUCAUUGUUCUUCUGACUGGAACAAAAUUCUAAGUUCCCCAUAUUUACAUCAGAUUACACAAUUUGCACAUGUUAAGCUGCGUGUAUGUUUCUAACAGCUGACAAGUUAUUUAAAAUCUCAACCAUAUUAAAAUUUAAGAUUAUUUGUGAUUUAGAUUUCUCCCUUAUUGCUGCCAAGGAAACAUAACUAAAUAACACAUCAAAACAACAGCUAUUUACAAAUGACCUAAUAGUUUGAAAGAUUAAUGAGUGACUGAAAACGACGAUAAUAGACCCACUCGAUGACCUUUUCAUUGAAAUUACUACCUCUACUUUUCUAUUCUUUUUCAGUUCUUUUUUUGUGGGAAUAUAUGAAAAAAACGUUGCAAGCAGGAUUAAUUCUGCUUGGGCAAAAUCGCAAAUUGUUUUAAGGAAAAAUAUGAGGUUUUUUUUUCAAUAUCCAUGGAUGUCUGGAAUUUAGGGAGGAAGGGGGAAUAUCAGGAAUGCCAAAAGGAUACAAAUAUUUCCAGAAACAUAUUAAGCAAACGGACAUCAAUAAUCGACCACACCUGUGUAUACAUGUAGAUGCAUGUGCUGUGUAAUGCACAUUGAUAAUAUUUGCCGUGAAAGAGUAUUCAAACUAAGGCUCUUUUUUUUUUUUUUUUUUUCUGGGGUUUACUUCGAAUAAACAUUAUUUAUCAGUGAAAAAUGUUCCCUGAUUUUAUUAAAACUAAAACGUAAAUUUACAGAAUUGCUUAAAUUUCACAGUCUAUCAUCGGUAUCAAUGUCGGUACAGAGAAAUCACAAUUAAAAGCUAAACUACUGCAAUAAAAAUCUUUAUUCUGUGCAGUCACCCGACACAUAAUAGUUUUUAAAAAUGGGUGAAUAAAAAGACACUGUGCAAAUAGUAUAUGUAAUUAAAUCACUUAAGACAUCAAAGGUAAAUGAAGAAAGUAAAUAUUUCUCGCCAAUAUCUCUUUUGCGUAAAUAUGCAAACACCUUAUAUACAUGUAAUCCAUCAGAAUUCUUCACGAUUAUAGCAAAAAUGAA